AUGGGCUCAGCGCAAGUUCUCAAAGUCAUCCCCACUCACUCUACUUUCACUGCUGAGGUAGAGGGCGUUGACUGGAGCUCGGACUUGUCGGACGAUGUAUUUCAAGAAAUCCAAGCGGCGUUAGAUCAGUAUGGAGUGCUCGUGUGCCGGAACGCCGGUCUUGAUGAUGCCCGGCACAUUGCUUUUGCCAAAAGAUUCGGCGAGCUCGACGACAUGUCACCACAUGUAAAGAAUGGCUAUAAACUCCGCAUUCCAGUGGAGCUCUUCGACAUCAGCAAUAUCGACAGUGAGGGUAACGUUUUCAGUGAGCGGGACCCAGCUAAAUUAGCAAUGGCCAAGGGCAACACUUUGUGGCAUGCCGACCUUGCGUUCAAUGCACGCCGUACGGGGGUAUCCAUUUUACGAGCGCAUAAGCUUCCUCCCAAGGGCACGGGUGGAGAGACGGAGUUCCUGGAUGCCCGUCAAGCGUACGAUGACUUGUCCUCUGCGAUGAAAGACAGGCUAGAGCCGUUGGUCGCCAACAAUUCGCUCAUGCUCAAUCGAAAGAUGGCUGCCCCCGACUUCUUCAAAGACAUCGAGCCCGAGGAUUUCCCCAUGGCAAAGCACAAGAUCGUGGUACCACAUCCGGCGUCUGGCCGCAAAACCCUUUAUCUGACUACAUACUGUCACCAUUUCGACGGCAUGUCUUUCGAAGAAUCUCAGGCAUUGCUGGACGAGCUGUGGGCUCAUUGUACGCAGCCAAAGUACAGAAAGACCGUCGAAUGGCAGAACGACGGUGAUCUUGUGAUGUGGGACAACACGGCAGUCUUGCACCGGGCGCAGGCGGGCGCCCAAUACAUUGGACGAUACCCACGAGACAUGCGAAGAGCUUCCGUGUUCGACAUGGGACCAUUCGGCUGGGGCCUCAAUGACCCCAACGUGCCCAUGCGACAAGGCCUGGACUGGAAGAAAGCCGAAAAGGCCAAGGAAUCUGCAGAGAUGACCAGAGCCAUCUCCGUGCAGACCAUGCAAGCAUAAUUCUUCGCCUGGCUAGGUCAUCGUCAUGUUAGCUUUCCAUCUUUCUCUCCUCCUUCCUAUCGGUCUCUUCAUUGAAGUGGGCAAAGCUUACGCCAGACUUUCCCACCGAGGACUGGAAGAAUGUGAAUAUCUUUGGCGAGGGGCCGAAGAGGCCUCAAAAUAUUGGAUAGCUUAGCAGCUCCGAUAGCAAAGCAGCUUUUGGCAGGCGUG